ACAGGUGGCGCUACUACAAAUAUGCGUAAGUAACGUUUCUAUAUGUUGAAAUAAUGUAAAGCAUACAAACGGAUCGUCAUCUUUGUGUCUGUUGUUCGAGGUGACCGCAUAUCCGUGUAUGUAUAUUUAAGUGAAUGGCGUGCGAAGGUUAUACAGCCCCAUAGCAGACAUAACGCAACACAAGGGGAGACAGGCGCGAAGUGAGCCGCAAGCAAGCGCCCGCGAUCACUCUAUCGCUGCUUGAGCGCCGCACGAUCCAGUGUUACUCCGGACGCCGAACGGUUCGCGCACUCGUCGACAGUACGCUUUCACAAAACGUGGUCAAGGCAGUCAAAGCUAUUUCGACACGCCACUCGGUUGCGAAAGUCUACGCGAUGAUAUACAAGUGAGAGCCGACUUCGGACGCCAGGGUAACGCUCAUCGCGCACGGUGAGCCAGUUUAUUCGUCAGAGACAUUCGAAACUCGCCAGCUGUGAGGGACGGGGGGCGCGCGACGCCGUCGGGUCGUACACGCGGGAGCAACGUUUCCACAUACUUAACUGUGAGAGCAACGGAUACCAAUUUUUAAUGUGUCAAGUCAGCAUAGCUUAUUGCUGCUACGUCAGAUCGCAGAACGCCUCGAGCAGGAACUAUAAGGUUAUGCAAAUGAGUUCUGAACGCUUUUAUACCAGGGGUAAUCAAAAGACCAUUCAUAACUUCAAUAAACUUUAACGUUUAGGUUGUACCGUACAGUGUGUUGUUAAGUGCUUAUCUCUCGUUUUCCUAUCCUCUACUUAUCUUUCGGUGUCGCGAUCGCUAAUUGCUAAUUACUGUGGGAGUCAGUGAUAACAAAUCGUGGUAGCCGAAUGAGCGUGUCGGAACCAGAGCAGCACCAGGUGGCGACUACGAUGGCUGCACAACAGGAGGAGACGCUGCUCUCGCGCUGCGAGAUACCCAUUAUCGACCUUGCGCAUAUAGGUACAGAUACGUGUCCCAUGAAAUCAGUCGUCAGACGCAUCGGGCAACAACUAUUCUCAGCACUCAGUACUAAAGGCCUCGCUAUGCUUGUCAACCACGGGAUAGCAGAAGAAAAGUUAAAAGCAAUGUAUUCAGACUUGGAUAACUUUUGCGCUUUACCGGAAGGAUGUCAAGCACAGUAUCUACGAAAACCGGACAGUAACCACGGCUACUUGCGACCCGGAAUGGAACAGUUUGAUACGACUAAAAAGGAACUCCGUCACUGCUACAGCAUUACCACCCUGGCACCAGCAACGAUGCCAGCUCAAGAGGAAGUACCGGAAUUCACAAAGCAUGCGUUCCCGCUUGCCCAUGACCUCACCAAUCUAUCCAAAGUACUAUUGCAAGCUCUUGCCUACGCUUUCGGUCUUACGCCAGCUACGCUUCUAGCGUGUCACGCUGGUAUGUUGGAAGAGAACGAUAGUAACCCUUCUGCUAUGCGACUGUUGUACUACCCGCCAGUUCCCCCCGAGGAUGUUGGCCCGUGCUGCCAAGGUGACGCGGUGUCGUACACGCGUUGCGGUGCUCACGCCGACUCUGGCACUUUUACACUGCUGGCCCAAGAUUCUGAGGGCGGCCUAGAGGUAAAAUUGAACGGAAGUGAUAAGUGGCAAGCCGUGGGACACCUGCCCGGGGCUAUCCUGGUACAGACCGGCCAGCUGCUUGCAGCGUGGACCACUAAUAUUCUACCAGCACUAAUGCACCGGGUGGUCGUACCGUCAGGCACUUACGCGCGAGCCCGCGGCCGCCACUGCGUGGCCUUUUUCUGCCACCCCGACAAGGAUGCUGCUCUGCCGACGCUGCCACUCCGCGCCGCCCCGAUCCCCGAGCCCCCCACAUUCACCCCCCACACCCACAUCACCUUCCACCAUCGGUUGCUCAACGCGGCUCACCACAUUCAGAAACGUUUUCGGGAAACAUAUGCGUGACUAGCGCACGACAGCAAGGUGGAGAAAACGCCGUUGGCACGGCGACACACCGCGCCCUAAUUCUGAUAUAAAGAAUUAUAUAAAAAACAGCUAAAUCCCGCGGUGCUGCCCGCGAGGAAUAAGGAGAUAAAUUUACGUAGCUUUCUCUAAAGGAGCGAAAUUUAAAAAAAGUCAGCGAAAUGAGUUAUGAGUUUAUCCAUUACAUACAAAGAGACAAAAAAUAUCAAAUUUCUCCUCUCUUUAUUACACAAAAUUUGUGUGAUCAGAUCUUGAUCAACGUCUGUGAAGAAACGAUCCCAGUUUAAUGAAAUAAUUUAUUUAUAUAUAUAUAUACCUAAUAAUAUAAUAUUUCAUUAAAAUGGGACUCGUUUCCUAAUUUAAAACCUAAUAUUAAUUGUUAAAUGAUACGUAAAAUCUGUAUUAACUAUUGAGUAUAUUGUAUUGAAUGGCUUGUCGCCUAUUACAAGUGCAGUGUAUGUAAUCCCCAUUACAUGGAGAGAUGAUCUCAUAUGUUGCACGCAGUCGAUAGAUGAGAGGCUGGCUCACUGAGUAGUUUUAUAAGUAGGAAAAACUUAUAUUCACCAAUGGCUAAAAUUAUAAUGACAUAUAAAGACAAAUUUGUAAUAAUCAUACGUUUAAGUAUAAAAAUUAUUAUAAUUUAGUAGGUAUAUUAGACUUGGGCGUGGUGUUUUCUUCCACAGUGAUGCAUAUAUACAGUGUUAUACAAAUUGUAGUUGAAACGGUCAACAUAUGAUAUCAGGAACAAUAUCUGAUGAUGAUACGGAAAAAAAACUGAUUUUACACACGAGGUGAUCUAACGCAGUCCUUACUACUGAUCCAAUAUUGUUCCUGAUUUUAAGGCCGUGUGUAGGAUUGUGUUAUAUCCAAUUGUUAUGAUUA